AUGACCGCUAGCUUCGAGUGGCGCCUCAUCGAUAUCCUGCAUGAUGCUGAGUCCCAACGGCCGAAUAAUACUGAGUUUGCGUUGAUUGUCCUCAACCAGCCUCUCAGGGCCGGCCGGCUAUUCGAGUCUUUGUGGAGAAAUGCUCAAGUACGAGUUGCAGCCGAUGGUGGGGCAAAUCGCUUAUAUGAUUUGCUACAAUCUACCCAAUAUCAUUUGCAGGAUCAAGAUGUGGGCUUGGAUGCAAUUGUUGGUGACUUGGACUCACUACGCCUACCUGCCAAGCAAUACUUUACGAGCUUGGACAAACCUGCAAGAGUGAUCUGUGAACCUGACCAAAACUUCUACGAUCUGGACAAAGCGCUGUCUUGGGUGCGUUCAAAUUAUGCUGCCAAUAUGGAUGUUGCUAUCCUCGGUGACUUUGGUGGCCGCGUCGAUCAUGGACUCAGACAGAUCCACUAUCUGUACGUAUUCCAGCCUGGACCUGCCUAUGCCGAUGGAAGGGUUUUCCUUAUCACAAGUCAGAAUCUGUCGAUCCUUCUAAAACCAGGUCAUCAUCAGAUCUUGGUACAGGAACAUGAUGGGGGCAUUAUCGGGAAAAGCGUGGGAGUCAUUCCAGUUGGAAAACCCAGCUUUAUCACUACGAAGGGACUUCAUCAAGAUGCCAAGCAACUGAAGAUCGUGUUGGGAGAGAGAAUAAUCCGCGGUAAUGUCUUGCCGGGGAUGUCGACCAUUGAGAUUGAGACAUCAGAUGAUGUUCUAUUCACCAUUGAUGUUCUGGACAUUUAA